AGACAAAUUAUAAAUAGAGUAAAUAGGGGGUGACUGAUAACAAAUGCAUAUACAGUAGCCGUGACGUCAGGUGAACUGAGGGGGCGAGAUGGGAUGCAAAGAAGUGUGAGAGCAGGGGUUAGAGUGGAUUUAAACUCAGCCUCUUGGAUUAUGCCCUGUCAGAUGGGGUUAGCAACACGUAUGGGGCUGGUCUUACCUUUUCCCUCAGCCACUGUCAGUCCUGUGUCUGGUCUUCCACCUAUGCUUUCAUCCAAUGAGUGGCUGAGCUCUGGAAGGCCUAAGUGCUAAUAGGGACAAGGCUUGCCAGUGGUGAUUCCCAGCAGAGUUAGCAAAGAAUCUGUGGAGUUAAACAACGACAGGACAACAUGAUGGAGGACGUUUCAGCUUUGAGGCCUGAACUUUGCUUGAAAGCCCAAAGGCUCGCCUGGACAGGCACAACCUUAGUACACAGGCUUUAGCCUGAAAGGUAUGACGUUGACGAAAAAUGAGUGCUUGUUAGUGUUUUAUGUAGCACAACACCUAAAACCCCUUUGUCCUCUUUGUCCUGGUUGUCUUUGCUGUUGUCCCUGGUCAUUCUUUGAGUGAUGUAGUUCUAACGAGGACAGAAGAAUGGUCACAUGGACAUAUAAUAAACAGUGAGUUUACGUGCAGUGACGUAGAGCAGACAAUGCCUGUUGGCCUGUGUUUAAAAAAGCCUCUUUGUUCCAAAGCUAAUCCAGAGCUUAAAGGGUUUCCUUGAAGCCUUUAUGUAAGACUGGAGAUGUUUGUCUGCAUGUGACCUACUGUCUGUGCAAAUGUAUCAUGUCUAGUAAAUUGCUGCUCAGAGGAUACUGUGUCAGUUUGUCUGCUGUUCUUUCAAAAGUUUGUAUUGUAAAUGCAAUGAAUUAACCUUUGGUGACUGUUGCCCUUCCAUAUUAACAUUAAAACAGUUUCAGUAACUAAAAACAAACUGAUUAGCAGAAAGCUCUUUGACAGCUCUUGUUUUGUUGAAUUUGUUGUGGUAAACUUCAGGCCACGUUCUGCUAGAUAAAUAAGAGUAAGUCUAUGGCCUUUUUAGAAGCUCUGUGAGGCUACAGUUUCGACUGAGUGCUAGUAGCAGCAUUUUUAGAAGCUUAUUUUUAUUUUAUUUUUUAUUUAUACAGAUUAACCCAUUGAGACAUGGGGUCUCAUUUUCAAGAGUGACCUGUAAAAUGCUAACAUGCUAAUGUUAAACAUGUAUUAAGUGUUCCAUCCAACUUGAGUUUGUUAGCCUGCUAAACUAUGCUAAUAGCUCGUAGCACAAAGCACAGCUAAGGCUGUUAAUACUCUUGUAUUUUGGUCAGUAUUUGGACAAAUUAAAAUUUAGACUAAUGCAAAUUAAAAUUAGCUUAAAACUUUCUAAUGAAGGAGUUGCAAAGUUUAUAUAAUUUCAACCAGUGGGAUGAUACAAUUUUUUAGCAGUCCAUCCAAUAAAUGUCAAGGUACACUGUCCAUCACCAAAUGCCAAAAAUGUCAAACCUAUGAUAGUGUUGUAGGAAAGUGGUUGACCAGAAUCUUUAGGAUUCAUCUCCUUGACACCAUCUGUAUCAAAUCUAAAGUAGUUCAGCUCAGUUAAAGUGUAAACAAAUGUUUAAAAUCAUGCCUCUUUGGAGCAAAAUUGACUAUAUGCGGAGCAGAAAAGCAGAUGGGAAAAACCUUAGUCACAUGAAUGCUUAGAUGGGAAUGAAUGACAUGUGUAAAGCAGACUGAAUGAUUGCAGUAGUUUAAAGCCGUGCUUGACAUGGGAUUGAUGCAGUUGUGUAGAGGGUGGUAAGGUGUAGAUUUGUCAGAAUUAGUACUCAUUUGCAGCCUCACUGGAAAGUACUUGAGAAGUGACUGAGCUAUAUUUAGCAAAUGUCACUCAAGUGCUUUUUAAAUGUCAGUGGACCAUCAGAAAUGGACCUCUCUGCAAGAAGGUUAAUUAGGUCUGGGAUCUGAAUGAUGCACUCAGAACAUCCUAAUUACCUGUGGUAAUUAAUGCACAAGAGAGAAAGCCUGCAGAUUCAUCAGAUUCAUUACUUGCAGCAACAGCAACGGGUUGCUCUGUUUACCUCUUAAAGCUUAAUUGAAGAAUCAGUCUUUCAUGGCAGUGUGUCACCACAUUUGAUUUAAGUCCCAAUGUCAAGUUUUUCCAUUCUUGCAAAAAUGCAUUAUUACUCACUGGUGUCUUUGCAGAACUCUUCCUUUAUAUUCAAUUCUCACUAUCUAGUUACUUGGCAUAAGCAACCGUGAUGACCUCAGUUAUCUUCUGUGGCCUUCAGCACAGCAGCUGUUUUCUUGCUAUCAGUUGAAAACAAUGUAGCCUGGAUCCUGACAAAUCAGCUUUUGUCUGCUUUGAGCCACAUUUAUCCCUGAAGACACAGCAAGACUUGCACCAUGGAGACAACACUGGGAAACUUGAUCUGCUAACAAGGCAAUAUACAGUCAUUGUCACUUUUUCUGUCACAGAGAGUGAAUCUUGUUUUAGCACUAUUUAACUCUAGGAGAAGCACAUGUCUCAGUGAAGUUGCUUCUUUCAAAUGACAGUUAAUGUAAAUCUGGAUACUGACUCGAGCAAAUACAAGUUAAAUCUAGUAUGUUGUAAAUAUAUUGGCACACCAAGAUGAUGAAGAUAGAGUUAAAUGUCAGUUCUCAUAAAGGUUGUCUGGUGUUAACAAAGUGACUCCUUCUGUCCUCAAUAGAGUUUUAUGUUUUAUUAUUGUGUGUGUUUGUCUGUGUGUGAGAGUGUUUGUGUUUUUCUGGUCUGAUGAUUGCAUUCUAGUACUAUAAUUAUUUAGAGUAAAGAAGAUGUUUAACAGUUAUCUUGAAGGGGAAUUUCAUGGCUGCUAAUGUAGAUGUUAAUUACAGCUGCUUUUUGUAGCCUAUUGACUCACCACCUCCGAAGAGCCUACACACUUAAUUCUCUCCAUAUAUAGAAAUUAAUUUUGAUUUCUACAUGUUGAACAGUAGUGUUUUCCACAGCACUAGUUUGUUUAGUGAUAAGGUUUUGGCAUCAGUGCAGCAGGUAGGCUACUGGAUUAAAUUGCUAUCAUUUCACUCCUAGUGGCUCUGCUUGUUAUCAUUUUAGCCUGCAACACUGAUAUUGCUUCAUUCAACAGCCCCACACUCUCUUUCGUGGGUGAAAGGCGGGAAUAACACUGCAUCUGCUGGUUGCAUGCACUCAUCUGUGGAGUAUGGCUCAUACACAGGAAAUCUGUUGAGACUCCAACAAGUGCUGUGAUUAUAUUAAGGAAUUAUAGAUAAAGCACAUUUUUAAUCUGAAAUGGGAUUUUAUGUUGAGUCUGUUGCCUUUGCCAAAACUAGCUGUAACUUUUAACAUCGUGCACUGAUAUCAGAGGACUGUUUGUUGAAAUUAAUUCAGAUUUACCAUCCUAGACGUCAUAUAUGCAGGCUACUUGAUGAGUAAUCCACUGAAAUAAGAUUGAAAAGCAGUGAAGUGUCCCUUAAUGAAUUAAAAAUGGAGUGGAGAGAUUGAAAGAUGAGGUAUGGAGCAUACAGACUAUUUUCUAGCUAAGAUGCAGCUCUCCCGUCCAUCCGGAGGAGAGGGAGUAGGAGGGGCUCAGCUUAUUCGUUAUUAAGUACUUGCAGACUGCUGCUCUCACACACACUUCCAGAGCAGAGAGAAAGAGAGUGUGAGUGAGGAAGGGAGCCGUUGACUGAAGGAAGCGUAGAGGAGAGCAGCAUACUGCAAUGCUUCAGUGCCUGGUUUCUCAGCUACUGUGUGUUUGUGUGCAUGUUUUUGUUUGUUGAUUUCUUCUCUCAUACAAUAUCUGCGUGGGACAGAACGGACUGUUACUCCUCCCCUUCCUCAACCUUGUCUCCUCGAGUUUUCUUACCUUAGCACCACCCCACUUCCCCUGCCACCUUACUUCCCAACAAGGGAGCUGCACACCAGCCCCAUGAUGAAAGAGGAGGGCCUGCUGAGUCGUCGCCGCUUUUCCACGUGCGGCGCAACAGCAUCGCUUCGACCCCCACAUCCGGAUGGCCGGAAACUCAUCCGCAAUGCCUCCUUUGGAGGCUAUAACGAAUUGUCGCCUAUCUCACUGCCAGGUUUUGAGAGAGGGAAGGAGGACCUCUUGCCUCUGCCUUUAAAAGAGGACUCACAAUCCAUAUCUAAAAGCAAGUCUGAAACGAAGCUGUACAAUGGCUCAGACAAGGAUGUUUCAGCGUCUGGAGGAAAGCUCACCAAGAAAGAGUCUCUCAAGGUGCAGAAGAAGAACUACAGGGAAGAAAAGAAGAGGGCAACCAAGGAGCUGCUCAGCACCAUCACUGAUCCUUCUGUCAUCGUCAUGGCCGACUGGCUAAAGAUCCGUGGCACUCUGAAGAGCUGGACCAAACUGUGGUGUGUGCUGAAGCCUGGCGUCCUGCUCAUCUAUAAAACCCACAAAAACGGCCAGUGGGUGGGAACGGUGCUGCUCAAUGCCUGUGAGCUGAUCGAGAGGCCUUCCAAGAAGGACGGCUUCUGCUUCAAGCUCUUCCACCCACUGGAACAGUCUAUCUGGGCUGUCAAGGGUCCCAAAGGAGAAGCAGUGGGCUCCAUCACGCAGCCAUUACCCAGCAGCCACCUCAUCUUCCGUGCUGCCUCCGAGUCUGAUGGCCGAUGCUGGAUGGAUGCCUUGGAGCUGGCCCUGAAAUGCUCCAGCCUGUUGAAGAGAACCAUGAUCCGUGAGGGGAAGGAGGACGUGAGCACAGUAGCCACUGGUGGAGAACAUUCCAUUAAUUUCUACAGCCUCCUCCGAGCCCAUAACAUGCACGGUUUCCAGUUCAAUGACAGUGACCACUUGAAAGACCCAGACCUGUACUCGGACAAGUCAGAUCGAGAGGGAGAGCCGGACCACGAGGAGUCCGACCCAGAAGGUUUGGAGAAGAGCGAGGAGAGCGACAGUGACACGUCAGAGCGUCAAGAUGACUCCUACAUUGACCUUGACCCAAAUGAACAACUGUGGGAAACGCCAUACCUGGAACAGUCUCAUGAGGAACUUGGAGAGGCUGGUGAAGCUGCCCAGACAGAGACGGUUUCAGAGGAGAACAAAUCUCUGAUCUGGACUUUGCUGAAGCAGGUCCGACCUGGCAUGGACCUGUCCAAGGUGGUGUUGCCCACCUUCAUCCUGGAGCCAAGGUCUUUCCUGGACAAACUGUCAGACUACUACUACCAUGCAGACUUUCUGUCCGAGGCUGCGAUUGAAGAGAACGCCUACAACCGCAUGAAGAAGGUUGUGAAGUGGUACAUUUCAGGAUUUUACAAAAAGCCAAAGGGGUUGAAGAAGCCGUACAACCCCAUUAUUGGGGAGACGUAUCGUUGCCUGUGGCUCCACCAACAGACCAACAGCAAGACCUUCUACAUCGCAGAACAGGUAUCCCAUCAUCCUCCAGUGUCAGCCUUCUAUGUUAGUAACAGGAAGGAUGGAUUCUGCCUCAGUGGCAGCAUCCUCGCCAAGUCCAAGUUUUAUGGAAACUCCCUGUCAGCCAUUUUAGAUGGGGAGGCUCGGCUCACAUUUCUGAAUCGAGGAGAGGACUAUGUGAUGAACAUGCCUUAUGCCCACUGUAAAGGCAUCCUGUAUGGCACCAUGACCCUGGAGCUGGGCGGCCAGAUCACCAUCGCGUGUGAGAAAACGGGCUACAGUGCUCAGCUCGAGUUCAAACUGAAGCGACAGCCAUUCCUGGGCAGCAGUGACAGCGUCAAUCAGGUCUGUGGAAAGAUCAAGCUGGGGAAGGAGGUAUUAGCCACGCUGGAAGGACACUGGGACAGCGAGAUCUUCAUCAAUGACAAGAAGACGGGGACAAUGGACACUUUCUGGAACCCCACGCCAGAGCUGAGACAGAGUCGACUGAUCCGCUGCAACGUCCCACCCGAGGAGCAGGGAGAAUACGAGUCAGAAAGACUGUGGCAGCACGUGACCCGGGCCAUCAACAAUAAGGACCAGACAGAGGCCACUAAUGAGAAGUUUAUUCUGGAGGAAGCUCAGAGGAAGGCGGCCCGUGAACGGAAAGCCAAAUGCGAGGACUGGAUCCCUGCUUUGUUUGAGCAAGACCCCAUCACUGGGGAGUGGCAUUACAGAUAUGCUGACACAAGGCCGUGGGAUCCACUCAAUGACCUGAUCCAGUUUGAGAAAGACGGCUGCAUCCAGACCAAGGUCCGGCACCGAACCCCUAUGGUACGUUCUGGCAGUCUUAUUAGUCUGAGUAACCAGGGGCCACGGAGGGACAAUUGCAAGUGCCAGGUAACGGUGCCAAAGAGGAAACACAAAAGUGACAAGCCCAAAAGCCCAGAAAGUGGCUGCUCUUCACCAGAACCCGACCGUCAUGACUCAUCUGGCAGUGAACGACACAAAAGCAAGCAUAACAGUCGGCUGAGGAAGAAAGGAGCCGACCUCAGUGAACUUCAAAGUGCCAUUGACUCCAUAAAGCAGACACAGGAGGAUAUUAACAGGAGCAUCGGCGUUCUGCGGAGCCGUGCGGCGGGCCGGACGGAGAGCGCCUCGUUCCUCCAGCAGCGCGACUAUGUCAUCAUUGUUUUCCUCAUCCUCCUUCAGGUCCUGAUCAACUACAUCUUCAAGUAGCAGCCGUGCCCCACAGAGAGAGGGCUGCCCUUACACACCCCCAAACACACACACACAGAGAAAAACACACAUGGACACUCACACACUCUCUCUGAGCCUUAGGCGUCACAGUGGGGUACAAAGAGAUGUAAACUAUGUCCUUUCACAAUAAGUGACUUCAACACUUUUUCCUCUCGCUCUCUUCUUCUCUGUCUUUAGUAAACCCAACUGCACACGUACAGAAAAGACUCCAGUGCAGGAGGAGACCUUUUUAAAAAGAAAAACAUAUUUAUUUUUACCCAAUCCUUUCCAACAGUUCCACAGAUUUCAAAGCGGAGAGGAGCACCAGGGAGAGAGUUUAUCAGGAGUAUUUGGCCUAACAAGUCUCGGCUGCCACCCUGAAGCUCAUCAGUUUGCCUUGAUAUCAGAGGCAAAGACAGCAGCCAUUUUAUUUUGCUGUUCUUUGUGUGUUUUCCUUUUUUUCCACCCCUGUUGGAGUGGAACUACUCUGUUGAAACACAUUUCACUUCAGAAGACAGGGAACCUUUUUACACAGAUGAUGUGGUGAUGGAAACAAAGGUAAAAAUCCAGUAGGUAAAAAAGAUGUUUUUAUUGUUUGUUUUUUUCUUUCUUUGUUGAGUGUGAAUAGGGUUCUGCUCGGAAAACACUGAGCGUUGAUAAGGAAGGAGGAAACAAAAUGGUCCAAAAUGAUGUGACUUUUAUUUUUUUAAUGAUCACGUACUUUCACGCUGGCUGUGUUUAUGAGAAGAAAGACUAAAUAACACAAGUGAUACUGUCAGAAGGAUCAGAAGCUAUACUUCCUGCUGUAUGAUAAAACAACUUUUGCAUACAAAGUUAAUGUAAAAAAAAAAAAUAAAAAGUCAGAUGUUUGACACAUCAUUGUAUACUCUAGGGUAGCAUAUACAAAUUGUGAGUGUGGUUAGGAAAUUAGCCCUAUGUACAGUAUUUUGUUGUAAGGCUCAAAUGCACUGGAAGUGUUUGGUUAAAACGCACAUAAUUUUUAGCAUUUUACUUUUCUGCCAAUUACAAUCAAGUUGAGGCAGCCUCAGAUCUAAUGGCACGAUAAAGGAGUAGAAAUGGAGUUUAACGUAUUUGUUUUCUCAAGAGUUAGAUGAAAUAGUCAGUCUGUUCACGACGCUCAAAACUCACACUGACUGAGAGGAAAAUGAGGAAAGCAGUGUGACUGACUCCGUCCAAAAGGAACUAAAUCCAUCCACCGCCUCAGUGACCUACACUUAUCACAGGAUCCUGUAUGUGAGGUACUUCACACACACUUUCAUGUGUGACACUUAUUUCUUGUCGUAACUGUGAAGUUGUGUCGUUACCUAGUUGUUACUGUGCUCAUUGAAUAAUCAGAGGAUUUUCUACCUACACGAUAUUUAAACAAGCACAAUAUAACCUUUAAAUGUUGUGAAGCGGCGAUGGGUGAAUUUUGUGGACUUUUAAAUUUAACAAAAACAUGUAAUAUUUUAAUGAAACGAGGCACAUGUAUUUAAUGUUGCCACUCAUUAUUGUAUCAUUUGUAUCACUGUUCAUCAGACAACUCAUGGCAUGAGUAUGAGAGACUUUAUCUACUAUUGGUGGUAUAUAAUACAUUUAUUUAUAGUUACUGUGGUCACAUCUAGGUUAGGGUAAAGGCUUUGACUUCAGUCACAUUCGGCAUAGACACACUGCUGUGGGUCCUGGUGUGUUUGAAGUCACACGAGUGGUCACUGAGACAAACAAAUAGAGGAAAGACUCAAAGAUACCGUUUUUUUCCUCUGAAUGUAAAGACAUUAGCUGCUACAUCAGAACAUCAAGCAAGGUUUCCAGUGCAUUUGUGCCUCACAUUUUAACCAGAAAGACAAUAGAGGUAGACACUUUAGUGAGUCACAGAGGAGAUACUAGAUGUUUUUUUACUUGACCAUUAUCACCACAGUAUAUCAUUCCAAAUGUACUCAAGUACCAGCCAAACUUCUUGUGUAGAGUAGAAGCCAGAACUGUUCACUGUGUAAAUGUAAAUACCCCACGGGACAACGACAACUUUCCUCACAUGUAGCGUGUGAUGUUGAAUCCCCCCGCGGUUCGCGAUACAGACACAGACACUACGAUCUGUGCACAAGCCAGUCUUUUCAACCUUGUGUGUCUUUCUGUCCACUGCUCUGUAGAUACACAUGGACAUUGGCAAAAGCAAAAAGACAAAAAGAUGAUGGACGAUGAAUUGGAACGUCCUUGAGGUGUCGAUGGUGAGAAGCAGUAGUUACUUGCGGCUUCUGAAAAUGAAGUCAUUCACAGGUUGAUGAACACUGUGAGCUAUGAGAACCAACUAAGUUAAAGUGAUAGCUCAGGUUUUUGUGUUUUUUUUUGAAGUGUGGUUGUAUGAACACUGACUUUCUCGAGCUUACUGUUGUCGCCAGCCAGAGACACACUCGCUAGCUCUCUUUGAAAACAUGGCUCUUAACAGGGACCCAAGAAAAAAUCAGAUUUUAGCCACUCAAGUGAAAUCUACACUUGCUUAAGUCUAUGACAUCUUAAAAAUAAGCGUUCACUACUUUUUCCCUCACAGUUAGACAACAUUUUCCAACUGGAAAUUCUGUUUCUUUUUUAAAACACUCCCUAACCCCCACACCAAAAACCCAUAGAGAAAAUCAGCAAUUUCACAUCACGGCACUCAAGUUGUUGAUUCACCGCUGCCUCCAUCAUUAAGGUCAAAUGUGUUAUUUUGUGACUGUGGUGUUUAGAGUUCUUUCAUUCAGAUUUACCUAAGUGAUACAACCCGACAAAGAAGGCAGCAUUAGCCCAGUACCUCCUCUGUCCCUGCGAGAUAAAAGCGCUGAUUUUCUGUAUGGACUUUGGUGAGACUUUUGGUCAGUAUUUUUACAAACUUUUUUUUUUAACAUAUUUAAGACUUUAGCAAGCAUUUAUUUGAUCAGGUGAGCUUUCAGUUAAGUGACUAUAAUCCAUUUUUUCCCCCUGAUGUUUUCAGUGAGAACAAGCAUCGCUUUAAAAAAAUAUGAACUGUCCCUUUGAGUCCUUUGUUGAGCAUUACUACCCAGACAAAAGCAAAUCUAUGUUUGUGUUUAAAAAAAACCCACCUCAGUUUGAAACUGAACUUAAGUUAUAUUUGAAUCAUGAAUUGUAUUUAGCUGAAGUCUUGACCACUUAGACGAAAUGCUUUUCCUUUCCAAAUGUGUGUAAAGAAGUAGUUAAGUAUUCAGAGGUAUUCAGCAAAAUCACACCUACUUAUGGACCAUAUUGGAAUAUUGAUUUUGUAUGUUUCUUUUGCCUGUUAUGAUGUUAGCCUUGUCAACGUUUACAUAUAUGAUUGCCUCCACCGUCAGCUGACUGUUAAGUGAAAAUCUUUGUAAUGCUAACAGAGGUAUUUAAAAUACAUAUAUAUAUAUGUAUAUGAAUAUAUAUGUAUAUGUGUAUAUACAUAUAUCUAUAUAUAUAGAUAUAUGUAUAUAUAGAUAUAUAUAUAUAUAGAUAUAUGUAUGUAUAUAUAGAUGGUAGCAUUAUCAGGAGCCAGCUGUCCCCCGUAAGUUACUCGGCUGGCCCGCGUGUUUCUGUGCAUGUAUUUUUGUUUCUUGUCUAAAUCUUUAUUGCCUCAGUCGCUCAACGUAAAAUGGGGAGUCCAGAUGUUAGAAUGUGGAGAAAUAAGUACAUACCAGUGCCUUUUAGAGUGAGACUGGGUAGAGGGUAGAUCGAGGGUUUUCGAGGGAGGUGAAAGGAGAGUUGUGAGGGAGGGGCUGUGUGGCGUAGAGCAGUGGUUCCCAACCAGGGGGAGACCCAACAGCUCCACAGGGGGGUGGGAAUGAUGACCAAUGUGUGUAGUGAUUUAAAAUAAGUAAUAAUACAGAGGAAAACAUACUUGUAAUAUCCACAGAAAAUAGAAUUCAAAAUGGUACAUUCAUUGUGGUUUGUUGAUCAUCAUGUUAAAUAUCAAAUUUUCUUGCAACACAUGAAAUUAUGAGAUGUAAAAUAAUAUUAAUGGGGCUGGAAAUAAAUGUAGACUUAGAUACUGAUUCCUGAACAAUACUUUUUUUUUAAGUCCGUUUUAAAAUAAAAUACAGUUCUUUUGCUUUAGCCGGCCUAGUUUUCUACGUGUAGUCAGACACGAAGAUAUUUAUUUGACGAUAUUUAUUCUGCGACAGUUAAAGCCUCCACAUACACUAACUUUAUCCAUUAAACAUUACCACACACUCUCACAUGUGUUAAGCUCCGUCUUCCACCUUUCCUGGGGAGUGAGGCCUAUCUCUGCUUGUGACUUCGAGACGGCCAACCACGUCAACACACUUUUCAUGUGUACUGAUGCAGAGGAAGUUAACUCGUUACCACAAAACUAUCAACGUUCAAUACCCAGCCCUAAUAAUAAUAAUAACAAUAAUAAUAAUAUUAUAGGUAUAUGUGGGUGGGAUGGGUGACCUUAACAUGUAUGGCUGUAAAGACCUGGUUGAGAACCCAAAAGGUUGGGAACCACUGGUGUAGAGAUCAUACAGCUGUAACCAGAGUCUUAAGAGUGAAUAAACCACGCUUGGCCCAGGACUCUGGCUGCAGCUGCAGCGGCAGGUGGAGUCACUAUAGUGUUCUUAGUGCAAAUGUGCCAUAUGAAGCCUUAGAAACAAGUGUGACUCCACAGUUUGCUCCCUCCUCCUCUCCUGAUGAACCUGUCAGCUUCCAGAUACUGAUUCCUGCCACAGGAAAGAACAGAGAGAGGGAGAGACCUUUCCUUUUAACUGUUGUCUCUUACUCUCUCUCUCUCUCUCUCUCUCUCUCUGUCUCUCACUCAAACACACCAAAUUCAGAGGAAGACAAACAUCUCCACUGUCUGUUGUUGCAUCUGUAAAAUAACACAUUUUAUUUAUUGGUCUUUUAUAUGUGGAUUUAUGAUCCUUCUUUUUUUUCUGCUCAUAACAGUCGAUCGCCAUUCUCUGUUUUUUAAUCACAAUUUUAAAGUCUCGUAUAAGUGGUUUUAUUCCUCGUCACGUGACGCCGCAUACAAGCAACUCUGUCUUCAAACUUGUGCGUGCACAGUCACCUGACAACUGCCCCACAAACCGCCUCAACAUACACACAACCUUUUUUUUUUCUUCUUUUGUUUUUAAUCUGACUACCUGAAUAUAUUUACUGUGUCUCGACGGCAACGAUAACUUCUUAGACGUUCACAGUUGUAUGUAACAUAACAGAAUAAAAACAAGUUACAUCCUGG